AUGGAGGCCCAAAUAGAGCGAGCGGUAACAGAGAAAAGGCCCGUCCCCGAAAUCGACUUCACCCUGCAUACAAUGGAAGACGGAACUCAAGUUUCCACACAUGAGAGAGUUUGUAAAGAUGUGCAAGCGCCCGCUUUCCAACUUCCAACCAACGAGCAUUUCUGGUCGCCAGAAGACCCAUCGAAACCCAACCUGCGGUUUCUUAAGCAACAUUUCUAUCGCGAAGGUCGCCUCACUGAAGAGCAGGCGUUAUGGAUUAUACAGACAGGAACCCAAUUAUUGCGCGCGGAACCUAAUCUUUUGGAGAUGGAUGCGCCAAUUACUGUUUGUGGCGAUGUCCACGGCCAGUACUACGACCUAAUGAAGCUGUUCGAAGUUGGCGGCGAUCCUGCGGAGACGAGAUACCUGUUCCUUGGUGAUUAUGUUGAUAGAGGUUACUUCAGCAUCGAGUGUGUUUUAUACCUCUGGGCCUUGAAAAUAUGGUAUCCAAAUAGUUUAUGGUUGUUACGCGGCAAUCACGAGUGUCGUCAUCUUACAGACUAUUUCACUUUCAAACUAGAAUGUAAGCACAAGUACUCGGAGAGAGUCUACGAUGCGUGCACGGAAUCAUUCUGUUCGUUACCACUCGCGGCCAUUAUGAACAAACAGUUCCUUUGCAUUCAUGGUGGCCUUAGCCCCGAACUGCAUACAUUAGAGGACCUGAAAUCGAUCGACCGUUUUAGAGAGCCCCCGACUCACGGGCUUAUGUGCGAUAUCCUUUGGGCUGACCCAUUGGAGGAAUUUGGUCAGGAGAAAACAGGUGAAUAUUUUGUGCACAAUAACGUUCGAGGAUGUUCAUACUUUUUCUCUUACCCCGCCGCUUGCGCAUUCCUGGAAAAAAACAAUUUACUUUCCAUAAUUCGAGCCCAUGAAGCACAGGAUGCAGGGUACAGAAUGUAUAGGAAGACCAGAACGACCGGGUUCCCCAGCGUAAUGACGAUAUUCAGUGCGCCAAACUAUCUCGACGUCUACAACAACAAAGCCGCCGUUUUGAAAUACGAGAACAACGUAAUGAACAUUAGACAGUUCAAUUGCACUCCCCAUCCUUACUGGUUACCUAAUUUCAUGGACGUUUUUACCUGGUCUCUCCCCUUUGUCGGUGAGAAGAUUACCGACAUGCUUAUCGCCAUUUUGAAUACUUGCUCCAAAGAAGAGCUGGAGGAAGAACCCUCUUCGUCUGUAUCUUCCGACCGCGCAUCGCCUCCCCUUCCAAUGGAUCCCGAGAGCACCGAAUUUAAGAGACGAGCGAUCAAGAACAAGAUCUUAGCUAUUGGUCGUCUCUCACGGGUCUUCCAAGUGCUACGCGAGGAAGCAGAGCGAGUCACAGAACUCAAAACUGCCUCAGGUGGCCGCCUUCCUGCAGGCACCCUCAUGCUUGGAGCAGAGGGUAUCAAGCAAGCAAUUCAUAACUUCGAAGAUGCACGCAAGGUUGAUUUGCAGAACGAGCGGCUUCCACCAACCCACGAGGAAGUGAUUAGGAGGAAUGAAGAGGAGCGGAAACAAGCCUUGGAACGUGCUGCCCAGGAGGCAGAGAAUGAUACUGGUCUGACUAAUAUUGCUAGAAGGAUCAGCAUGUCGUCUGGCACCGGUAGAGGCCGUCGCACCCGGCCUGAGUAA